AUGCUCCGUGCGGGGCCCUGUGCCACGAGCCAUCAGUUGCAGGCGCGGCGAGUCCGCAGGCGCCCUGUCCGCGCAUAUUUUCUUUACUUCUUUUUUGCAUGCUUCCAUCUCCGCCGUUCUUCUGUACUGUACACAAUGCUCUCACGCACACAUCCCGCGCGCGUGCGCGCCCAUCCCCAACCCACCCGCCAUGUAGUACCAUCUUGA